GGGGAAGGGCCGGAGUGGGCCACGGCCUUGGCUUUCCACGGGCGGCUUUAGGGGAAGCAGCUGCUGGGGCACCGGGGGAAGAAGCCUGGCCCGUGCCGCGGGGCUGACCCCUCUCAGGUAGUGCUUCAAAAUUGAUUCCUUGUGAAGAUGAUGAUGAUGGAUUGAAUAAGGAUUUUUGUGCUUGGAAGAUUUUAGUGAUAUUGGGUAGAGAGAGUUGUAAGUAUGGUUUCAACUGCAUAUGGGCUUAAAGAUUCCACAAAUCUGGGCUUAGAACCUGCAUUAGCAGAUUCAUAUUCAGGGGGAGUGCCUAGUUCCUGCGUCUGGUUCCAGCUGUCUCUGUCAUCAACACCUGGUUCUCUUCAACUAGUGUGCAUCUAACCUGGUCUGAAAAUGGUAGGGGUAUGUAUGUGUAUUACCCUGUGGUAAAUACAAAAACUACUUGCAAUAAUAUAUGAUGCUCUGGUUUGUUUGUUUGGCUUUUUUUUCCAGAAGUCUUCCCAUAUUAAGUAACUGAUCCUUUCCACACCGUGAUGAAAAAUAAUGUUGUCAACAUGUCUGUGCAGUCAUUGCUUUGUGAGAGAAUCGCUGUGGCUAAGGAAUUAAUGAAGAGAGCAGAAUCACUUUCCAGAUCACAGAAAGGAGGUAUAGAAGGUGGAGCAAAGCUAUGCAGCAAAUUGAAGGCCGAGUUGAAAUUCUUGCACAGGGUGGAGGCGGGGAAGGUGGCUAUUAAGGAGUCCCAUCUGCAGAGUACCAAUCUCACACACCUCCGAGCCAUAAUUGAGUCAGCAGAGAACCUGGAGGAGGUCGUCAGUGUCCUUCAUGUCUUUGCUUAUGAAGACUGCUUUGGAAAAAAGCAAACGCUGGUGGUAGAUGUUGUUGCAAAUGGUGGCCACACUUGGGUGAAAGCAAUUGGUCGAAAAGCUGAAGCUCUUCACAAUAUUUGGCUGGGCCGGGGCCAGUAUGGCGACAAAAGCAUCAUUGAGCAGGCGGAGGACUUCCUGCAAGCAAGCCGUCAGCAACCAGUGCAAUACAGCAACCCCCAUAUUAUCUUUGCUUUUUAUAAUAGUGUGUCCAGUCCUAUGGCAGAGAGGCUGAAAGAGAUGGGCAUAUCCGUGCGGGGAGAUGUAGUUGCUGUGAACUCUUUGGCAGAGUACUUGACUGAAGAGAGACACCUAAGUGCUAGCGAAUCUGAUGAAGAAAGCCCUGAGCUCCUGCAGGUGACCAGAGUAGACCGGGAGAAUUUAGUAGCCAGCAUUGCUUUUCCUACAGAGAUCAAAGUAGAUGUGUGCAAUAGGGUUAACUUGGACAUCACUACUUUAAUUACAUACGUCUCUUCCCUUAGCUAUGGUGGCUGCUACUUCAUCUUUAAGGAGAAAGUGUUAACGGAGCAAGCAGCACAGGAAAGGAAGGAGAGAGUCCUGCCUCAGUUGGAGGAUUUCAUGAAGGGCAAGGAGCUGUUCGCUUGUGAAUCUGCAGUCAAAGAUUUUCAGUCAAUCUUAGAAACUCUAGGAGGAGCUGGGGAGAAAGAUCGAGCCAUCUCUCUCAUGAAGAGAAUUAAUGUGGUGCCAGACCAGCCCUCUGACCGUGCCUUAAGACUAGUGGCUAGUUCAAAAAUCAAUAGCCGCUCUCUAGCCAUCUUUGGGACAGGAGACACUUUAAAAGCCAUCACGAUGACCGCAAACAGCGGUUUUGUUAGGGCAGCAGCUAACCAAGGGGUUAAGUUUAGCGUGCUUAUCCAUCAGCCAAGGGCACUGACCGAAAGCAAAGAGUCUGUUGCCACACCUUUACCAAAGAACUGCGCAGCCGAUAGUGGGUUCUGACUAAGCUAUCUAAUUAAUUACAGUCAUUAAAAUAACUGUUUAAAUGUGCUGCAGUGGAGACGGUUCAAGAAAGAGAACUCUCAAAACAAUACAUUUUUUCUUUUUGUGUGCCAGAGCCAGAUACAUGUGGUAACUUACCUUCAAAUGAAAAAUUCAAGAAAAGAAGAAAAUCUGUACGUCAUUCAGAAUAGUAAUUGUAAUGGAUAAAGAAAUAUAAGUGAAAACACGUACAUCCUCUGUAUGUGGAAUUUUUGGUCUCAACCAAAUAGAGUAUACAGUAAUUUAUUCAUUGAGAUAACAUUUUCCACUGAAAUGUAGUUAACUGUGUUCUAUCUUAUUAAAAAGUUCCAUUAGAAACUCAA